UACGCCAGUGUCGCAGGGUGGAGGCCGUUGCGCUGGGCUUGUCGGGUGGCCGUGGUACGCAAAUUGCGUACCGUUGGCGGUGCCACAGGGGGAGCGGGGCGGGGGAUUGAACACCUCUGGGCCCUGAGGGGCCUCGGGCCCCUCUGUUGGCCCCGGCCCCGGGAGGGAGCGGGGCUGGGGGGGCCCUGCCUUCCCUUGGCUCUGCCCAGGCUCCCCCAGGGCCCCCUGGGCCUGGCCAGGCCCUCUUGGCCUACAGGUGUCCCCAGUGCCCCUGCUCCGUGCCCCCUCGUGGCCAUGGCGUCCCCCCCGGCACCUCCAGCCAAGAAACGCAAGAUGAACUUCUCAGAGCGGGAGGUGGAGAUCAUCGUGGAGGAGCUGGAGCGAGGCAAGCACCUCCUCAUCAACCACUUCAACGCAGGCGUGCCCCUCGCCGCUAAGGCCGCUGCCUGGCACGACAUCCUGCGCCGCGUCAAUGCCGUUGCCACCUGCCACCGCGAGCUGCCUGAGGUCAAGAAGAAAUGGUCCGACCUCAAGACCGAGGUGCGACGCAAAGUGGCCCAAGUCCGGGCUGCCAUGGAAGGGGGAGGCGACAGCCAGAACGGUAAUGGCAAUGGGCCGGAGAGUGAAGACCCAACGGGCGCUGCGACAGCCCCCGUUAUCCUCACUCCCAUGCAGCAACGCAUCUGCAACCUGCUGGGAGAAGCCACCAUCAUCAGUUUACCGAGCGGGGACUGCAGCGCAGGUGAUGGUACCGAGAUACCCAUCACUGCAUCAGCCACCACAGUCACCCUGACCCAGAUUCCUGCAGAGACGACUUACCACAGUCUGGAGGACGGAGUUGUGGAGUACUGCACAACAGAAGCCCCCACCACAGUCACCACAGAAGCGCCCUUGGAGAUGAUGGCACAUCAACACGAAGUGUCUGCGAAACCCCAGGAGCUGAAAAGCCGAAUCGCUCUGAACUCAGCCAAGCUCUUACAAGAGCAACGAGUCACCAACUUGCACGUGAAGGAGAUUGCCCAGCACCUGGAGCAGCAGAAUGACUUGCUUCAGAUGAUCCGUCGCUCUCAGGAGGUGCAGGCGUGCGCCCAGGAGCGACAGGCUCAAGCCAUGGAAGGAACACAGGCGGCGUUGAGUGCCCUCAUCCAGGUCCUCCGCCCCAUGAUUAAGGACUUCCGUCGAUUUUUGCAGAGCAAUACACCCAGUCCAUCAGUCACCACUGACCCCAGCCAGGCAGGGCAGCAAGAUGGCAUGAUCCAAUGAAAGAAACUGUGAUGGGACAUCUUUCUUGGAAAACACCCUGUCCGUGCUGGCAGUGGGCAAGGGGAGCAAGAGGUGCUAGCUCUUGGCAAUGUCAGAUGGCUAGCCUGGGAGCCUUGUCCAGCCUAAACAGCUUUCUUUCUCCACUAAUCUUAUGCUAAUCUGCCUUUUCAGAACUAUAGCAGGAUGUGUAAUAGACCAGAAACUUAACAUUGGCUGCUUUAGUCCCUCAAAGGAUAGGUUUAUUAAAAGACAAGACAGUUAUUUUUUUAUUUGUUUGGAAAAAGUCUCUGCAGGAUGUGACACCUCUCUCUUUCUCUGAAGAUCUCUGGCCUUUAACUGACUUCUGAUGUGGAGAGUCUUGUUGCCAUAUCACAGUACAGCAGCUGCCAAGGUACAGUUACCAUGAGUUGUAGUGCACAGUAGUGAAUGCAUUUCUGCCUCUUUGUUGAAUGCAUUUACUGGAAAUAUGGUACCAGCUGUGGUACAACCUUCUCCCUGCAGGGAGAGGUAUGGAUCCCACUUCUGGAGUGGGACAUCCAGCCCAUGCAGACCAGCACCAAGCCUCCAUGCAGUUUAAUAGCGCGUUCACCUCAUAUGCUCUCUGUGUGGUCAUGAAAGUUCAUUACAGACUUGGCAGAUGGGAUGAAAAUAUUGUCUUAGUUAACAGAUGCUCUCAUACGUAUCCCAGGACAGUAAUGUCUUAUCUGCCUCAGCAUAGUUUGUACACAAGGGCUUGGAUGAGUUUGGCUUGGGUAGGUGUAACAGAUGAAACUCCAUCUCUGCAUAGUUUGUCACCUUCAUAAGACCUUAAUCUAUCAAACUGGACCUGGGCUGCAGAGCUUCAGCCACACAGGAAUCCAUAAUGUUGAGGACUUUGUCCAGCACUGAUCUAAGGGAAGGAAUUUUGGAGAUUUGGUUCUUCUGCUGGAGGUGGUGCAAUUUGCUCUGUGCUUGGUAGGAGCUGGAAGUGAGUACGGCUGUUGUUUGGCUGUGAGCUGGCUGCCAGUGGCACUCAGAAACAGGGCCAAGGUUCACCUCCCUAUUUUCUUACUUUUAUAUGGGAUAAAACAACAUUGCAGCCACUUUUCUGCUCUUUGAGGCAUUAAAGGCUGUGAGGCUUGGUCCUUAAUGAGAAAGCUUAAUUUCACAGGAUGGUGAACAUGAUUCUUACAGACUUGCAGUAACUUCAUGAACUUUUUGAUCAAAAGGUCCACUUGUACAUGCAUGAAAGAAAAAGAAGGACACAUAACUCUUCUCCCUGUACCCUGCAAAGUGUGUCACAUGUAAUGGGCUUGUUGCUUGUCAGGUAUUCUUUUUGAAAUGGAACAUUUCCAGAGCUGCUGUUUGCUGCUGUUAAAUCUCCUCGAGGGCUGCGAUGUGGUGAGCAACAACUGAUGAGGGAGUCAAUUUGCACAAUCAAAUUAAACCUUGACACAGCCUUUUAGGGAGGGAUGCUGAUGUGGGAACCUUGGGUAGAGCUGUAGGUGAAGGGGCUGCUGCUGCCUGUCUCUGGCUUUUGCUUUUAUCUUCUGGUCUGACAGGGGGGAGGAUGGGGUCGUGAGAAGAGUUCGGCCCCUGGAAGACUCCUGACCCUGUGGCACUGACAGCUCUGUGCUGAGUCAAGGUGGCAUCAGCUGCAUCUUCCCACCAUGCCUGGCCCCUCACCACGUGAAUAACACUCACCUGACUCUUCUCCUCAGACUUCAUGGAAUCAAAUCAAUUGCUCAAGAUUUAUUUUUAAAGUGAAAACUCUGUCCUGUGUGUUGGUUUACCUCAUUUGUGUAACAAUCUCGCCUUUACAAAUACAAAUUUUAAUUAAAAACUACAUUUUUGGUAAA